AUGGCUUUCCAGCUGGAGAAAAAGCCGAGCAGAGCUUUGAGUCAUGACGAGGAGAUUUGGGUGAAAGAUUUGCUCAAGAGAAACAUGGAGCAGCACUUUGCACCGUCCAUCUGGCCACAAGUGCUUUCUGGCAAGCUGACAGAAGCAGUGGAGCCUGACGCCGUUUAUCUCCUUCUCAAGCAGCCGAAUGCCGCCAACGAAGGAACCACUACUGUACAAGUUGUAACUGUUGAGAGCAUUGCUGAAUGCACAGUUGAGGCCAGAAGCACAAAUGCGUUAGGUCGCAUGACUCCUGCUAACGUCUCACGCAUUGGAAACUACCAGUCCAUACCUCAGAUGCAGGAGAGCAGAUGUCUUCAACAACAACUUCGGCACCAAAAUUCAUCCAACCCAAGACCAGCACACAGUGUUGGGCGGAACACUUAUUCCUCUGCUCAAACGAUGAAUGGGGGAUGCACGAGAAAUGGCAACACCACAGGAUGCAAAUAUGUGGGCUUUAUGCACUUCCGCAUUGUCGAGGAGAACGAGAUGGCGUCUCUUUACGUGUAUGAGUUACAAGUGGAGGCUGAAUAUCAAGGAAUGGGAAUCGGCAGCAAGCUCAUGAGGAUUGCUGAGCUCAUGGCAAAGAAGUGUGAGCUCGAAGCCAUCUUUCUUACAGUCCAAAGGGAAAAUGAAACAGCCAGAGCACUCUAUAUGGAGAAGCUAGGGUUUCAAAUUGCAGAUCACUCACCUGCCAAGGACUUUGCGAGUCGCAAGUACCUGGUGUUUGCAGCGGUGGAGGAGCAGCUCACUAAUGCAAAGAUCCAUGUCAUUGAGGCGGCACGGGUCGCCAGGGAGACCAACCGCAUCCUCAUCCUCCCCAAGGCAGGCCACAGCCAUCUAUCGCUGGGUCGAUCCAUGCCCAUGUGUGCCUACUGCGACUUGGCUCACCUCAACGCCACCGAGUGGGUCUCCCCCGAGUUCUUCCUUCUCCUCGCCCGGGCUGCCUUUAUCCAACCCUCUGUGGGCUACCUCUGCGUCGACACGCCUGAGCUGGGCCGGCCCUGCUUCGGCACAAAGGAGGUCAUUCAAAGCCUGGGGGGACUGCUGACCCUGGCCAUGGGUCAGCUUCCCUCGCGUACCACCACUGUCAGGCUGCACAUGCCCGCCCGUCCCGACCACAUCCGCUCUUUCGUCCAUGCUUGGCUGCACAUGCCUGCUCGUCCCGACCACAUCCGCUCCCUCGUCCAUGCAUGGGCUGAUAAGGACAUUGUGAUUUACUCAAAGAACACGUUUGACCGCUUUGACAAGGCAACAGAUGACAUUGCGCACGAGAUCUUACCCUAUGCGAAGCAGUGGCACGAUAUGGCUGACAGGAUCGUUGCUAAGCUCCCAAAGCCCUUCAUUGCCAUCCAUUUCCGCUCCGAAUUCAUUGCGUACAACCUGGCAGAGGAGAAGAAGGCUGAGCUGUCAGCUGUGGAAAGGCUGAUGAUUUUGGGAAAGCGCAUGGAGCGAUGCACGCGAGAAGCUGCACAAUUGAUAAAUCGUGUGAAGGCAAAACGUGGUGCCAGAACUGUUUUUAUAGCCGCUGACAUUCCGUACAACAAGUCGGGAGCAACACCCCGUUCUGAGUCUUGGGGGGGAAUGGCUUGGGCCUACGGGAAUGUCUCGCUGACUGAUGUGCCUCACUAUUGGCUGUCCUGGCUCCGGGAUAACGUCAGUGGGACUGUUAUGAUUGACGAGCUGAUGCCAUCGUUGAACGAUCAAGACCCAGGAGUUGUCGCCAUUGUGGACAAGCUAAUAUGUGCACAGGCUCCAGUUUUCAUGGCGGGCCGUGCAUCGUGUGGUGGUCGUCGGAAUUUUGAAAAAGACAUUCUUCUCCACCGUAGGAACAUAUUGGGCAAAUGGAUUUCUAUUCCCCGCCGAGCGUGGAAGCAGGGCCUUUUGGACCGCGUGCCUGGCAGCCAUUUCCUCACCCGCGCGUUCAAGAAGGAGCGAGUAUCACUAAGGAGUAUUGCCGCUGGCGUGGACUCAAUUUGCAAUAAGGUGGAGGACGUUGAACGGCUGAUGGCGAAAAGCUACUAUGGAAGCAGCAGCAGCGGUAGCGGUAGCGGUAGCGGUAGCGGCAGCGGCAACGAUAGCAAUAGCAGCGGCAGCAGUCUGAGUGACCCAGACAGUCCGUGCAACCACUGGCCUGAGGCAUGCUGGCCUGUGCCUGGCAUGCCGUUUUCCCACCUCUCUGACUUUGCAAGUCGCAAGUACCUGGUGUUUGCAGCGGUGGAGGAGCAGCUCACCAACGCCAAGAUCCAUGUCAUUGAAGCGGCACGGGUGGCCAGAGAGACCAACCGCAUCCUCGUCCUCCCCAAGGGAUCCCACAGCCAUCUGUCGCUGGGUCGAGCCAUGCCCAUGUGUGCCUACUGCGACUUGGCUUACCUCAACGCCACCGAGUGGGUCUCUCCCGAGUUCUUCCUUCUCCUCGCCCGGGCUGCCUUCUUCAAACCCACCGUCAGCUACCUCUGCGUUGACACGCCUGAGCUGGGUCGGCCGUGCUUCGGCACAACGGAGAUUGCGGGGAGUCUGGGGGCGGUGUUCACUCUAGCCAUGGGGCAUGUGCCCAUUAAGGGCAACACCAUCUGGCUGCACAUGCCCGCCCGCUUUGACCAGAUCCAGUCGCUGCUCAAUGCAUGGAAGCACAGAGACGUGGUGAUAUACGCCAAGAACACGUACGAACGUUUCGAUCGGGAAACAGACGAAAUGGCGCAUGCAGUGCUGCCGUAUGCCCGAGAGUGGCAUCUCGCUGCCAAGCGCAUAGUUGCCCGCCUGCCCAAGCCCUUCAUCGGCGUGCACUAUCGCUCUGAGUUCAUCGCCUUCAGGCUGGCAGGCGAAAAUAGGACCGACAUCCCAGUCGAAGAGAGGCUGAAGAUUCUCAAUGACCGCACCAGAUGGUGCACCCGGGAAGCUGCCCAGAAAAUAAAUAAAGUAAAAAAGAGGCUAAAUGCAUCGACCGUCUUUCUGGCAGCCGAUAUUCCGUACAAUCAGUCCGGCGUUACGCCUCGGUCAGAAUCAUGGGAUGCGCUGAAAUGGGCUUUUGGAGAUAAUAAUGUGUCGGAUGUGCCUCACUAUUGGCUGUCCUGGUUGCGUGAGAGAGUGCAAGGGACUGUCAUGAUUGACGAGCUUAUGCCAUCGGCAAAUAGCCUCGACCCAGGUAUUGUGGCCAUAUUAGACAAGCUGAUUUGUGCGCGGUCAAGCAUCUUCCUUGCUGGCUCCAUAUCUUGUGGAGCAAUUUGUGGUGUGGGUCGUUAUCCCCGGUGCGACGUGUCGUUCAGGAGUGACUGCCAAUCAAAGGCGAGAAAGCCAAUUGCUUCAAAGUACGACUGUAUUUCAUCUCGGAUCGGACCAAUUUGGGGAUCUGUCAUAGUCGGACAAAUGGCUGCUGCAACUCUCUCCGCGUCCGUUGCUCAGGCCGCCGUUGCGCUUCAAUGCAAUGGCAGCAGCACGUCAUCCGUUCGUGCGGAUCGGAUCUCCUCAGCAGCGGCUCUUUUCCCCUCCAGAGUCGCUCUGUCUGCCAGCAGCCACGUGUCUCGCAGCGCGCGCACGCCAGGCAGCGGGGUUGCGAGGAGAGCCAACCGGGUGGCGCCACGUGCCUCCGCUGACGCAGAGGAGCCGGUGACCAUUGACAACUCGACUGUGCUCGUGGUGGGCGGCGGGGGAGUGGGAAUGGAGGUGGUGCGGCAGCUGGCCAAGGCGGGCUCGUGGGUGACGGCCCUGCAGAGGGGGGAGAAGUUCCGCAAGGAGAUUGAGGGGUUGGGAGCCAUGCUCGCAAUCGGCGAUGUGAUGGCGCCUGGGACGAUUGAGAAGGCCCUCAGAGGAAACACCUUUGAUGCUGUUGUGUCUACCGUUGGUGGGGGUCUUACAGACAUCAAGGUGGAUUCGGAUGGUAACAUCAACGUCAUUGAAGCAGCAGAGAAGGCCGGCGUUCCUCGCUUUGUCCUUGUAUCCAGCAUAGGAGCAGGGGAUAGCAAGGCGGCAGUGCCAGGCAAGGAGAUGGACGUGUUGGGGCCGGUGCUGGCAGAGAAGGAGAAGAGCGAGGAGCGGCUCAAGGCCAGCGAUAAGCUCAAGUGGACCAUCGUUCGCCCAGGAGGCCUUCUCUCUGAUGCUGCCACUGGCACGGGCAUUCUCACAGAGGACAGCAGCGUAGUCGGGGUCAUCUCCCGUGCUGACGUGGCACAACUGAUUUUGCGCAUUCUCUUUGAGGAGAAGGCCGAGGGGAAGGUUUUCUCUGCCAUUGACGCGCAAAAGAAAUUCCCUGGAGCACCUGAGAAGGAAAUUGCUGAGUUCAAGGUGUAG